UACAUGUUUCAUCAGCUUACUGGGACCAUAAAGAACAGACUUUCCGUCAUGCAAAUGAGUCCGAGAAAUCAAGUGUAGUAUCAGUGUUAAAACCAGUGUAAAGCACGUGGUGAAACCAAAUAUGGCGCUGUCCACGAAGCGCGAUGAUAUAAAGCAAGUGCCGUGGUUUUCUCUGGCUGAAUGGCACGAUGUGUACAGGCAAAUUUACUCCAACGACACGGCCCAACAAGUGAAAGCGUACGAAGCGCUUUUAGCAUGGAAAGCCAGGAUGCCGAAACUACCGGUGGGUGUGGACUGCACCCUGUGGAUUUUGCAAGCAUGCCUCCGUGAUCGUGAAUGGACAUCCAAGAUUGAUAGUGGCGAGCUGCCAAUGUAUUAUGAAAACGAUUUGAGCUUGAUGUACUCGACUACGAUUAUGAGAUUCUUAAAUCACAUAUCUCAUAUAGGAGCGACAAAGCUGGAAUCUCUUUUUAAGAUUGCCCAACAGUUGAAAAUCCCAAGUUGGAUAGUAAAUUUAAGGCACGAAGCUGCUCAUGGACAUGAAUUGCCUUCUAUUGGAUUAUUAAGGAUAGCAAUGAAUAUAUUGCUCCGUUGGUUACACGAUGAAUAUUGGGCAGUUGAGGCACGUGCAAUGGAAGAAUGUUAUAUCAAAGAAAUUAAUAUGUUAGAAGAGAAAGAAGAACUGCAAGAGAACCAAGUCUUUACAGAGUUGAUUGAACUUUGGGCAGCUGUUAAUUUAUAUAUUGACACUGGUUAUGAAUUAGUGUCAGAUUUACCAGAGGUGCAUAUACGGGAAACAUUGCAAAAUUUACGCACGUACGCAUUGUCCUACUAUAAUAGUGAACCUAUAAAGGAUGAUGAGACUGGAUCUAUAAUAGUCAACAAAAAAGUUAUAAAACUUGACAAGGAAUAUGAUUUGAAAACUGCUCAAUUUUUACUCUUAUGUGAGAUAUGUGAACAUUUCACCGAAGACAAAUCCUCAAUAGAAGUAUAUAAAAAGAGUGACACAAUUUGUAAUGUAUUAUGUAAAAAUGAAGUUUUUUUGCCAAAUUCAGAUGUUCUGCAAAUUUUUCAACACAAAGAAGAGAAGAAUAUUGACUUGAACAGAAAGAUUUUGCCACCUAGUAUGUUUACAUUUUGGAAAGAUAUUAUUUUGCUACUGCAUAAAAACGAUAUGUUAAAGAUACUGAUGUUCAAGCUGCUUAAUAUUGUACACGAAGAACGAGAGAGUAAAAAAAGAAGAACUUUUGCUGCUUUAUGGAUAAGUUCUAUUAUUUACAGUUUUAUUCAAUUGGAUAUAGUUCAAAAUAUUUCUCAUACUGUGGAAUAUGAGUCAGAGAAAUCAGGUAGAAAGCUAUCCGCCAAGGAUUUAAGUCAGCAGCUCAAAGAGCAAGUGCACUCCAGUUAUCCAUAUUUGCAAGAUGUCUUAUGGUUGGACUUAUCAAGCAACAUACCAGACUUUCUUGUUGAUAUAAAUUUGUUAUCAAAACUUUUAUUACGUGUGAACGAAUUCUCCGCAAGACUGAUAGAACCAAUUUUGAAGUUGGUUGCACCAAGAAUAGAUGUGCAGACAACAGAACAUUUAUCAAAUCUACUUAAUAUUUAUGUAUUCCAAAAGUACACAAGUGGUGAUAAAGAUAGUAGCAACGAUGACAAAGUAUUCACUGUUGACGAUCUCUAUGCAAAUCCAAUAGGAAGUGAAGUAAAAAUACGCACGAAAAAAUGUACAAUUAAAAAAGACACUGCUUGCUUAUUGGCAGAUCAAGUAAUCCGUAAUGUGCAUUGGAAGCCAGCACUUGACACUCGCCAAUGGGGGGAAUGCCCUAUUGGAUUAUUGCCAUGGCAGAUGGAUUCAUUAAAAACUCUGCAACCGCUGGAAAUAAGACCAUCUAAACAUCCAGUUUCAGACCUCGACUCGCAAAUAGUUGCUGGUAUUGUAAAUCAUAAAAACUUGAAAAUGCAAAGUUGUAUUAGAUGGAACCAAAUAUUGCGAAACCAGGGGAAAAUGGAGAGGAGAAUAGGGCGAAAACAAAAGAUUAUCGCAGACGCUAUAAUGAAAAGAGCGCUGAAGAUUUCUAAAAAAAAAAAGUACAAAUACACAUUAUAAUAGAAUAUUACCGGUUUAUCACAAAUUGCUUACAUUUCAACAAAUAAAUUACAUGUAAUAUACAUAUGUGUACAUGUAUUUAUAAUAAAAUUGGUAUAAAAUAAAAAU